AUGUCGCAACUAGAGCGUUCCCUAAAAUCCAGCAGCCUCUCAGAAACGCUCAUGACAUACGACGAGUGGGCAAAGACGUACAACCAAGACGUUGAAAAAGAGGAAUACGUCGCCCCACAACUCGCUGCGGAGAGAUUACUCAAUCACCUCGGCUCCGCGAAAAUCCCCGACGCAAAAGUCCUCGACGCUGGAUGCGGCACGGGGCUUGUGGGCGAGGCUCUAAUGAAGUUCGGCGCAAAGCACAUCGAUGGCAUAGAUAUCAGUCCCGGGAUGCUUGAAGUCGCCGAGCGCACAGGGGUCUACAAUUCUUUGAGUGUAGGAAACCUCGCUGAGACUCUAGACAUCCCCUCGCGGCUUUACGACGCUGUCAUCUGCGUUGGGACCAUGACUGAGGGGCACGUUGGCCCCGAACCAUUUGAUGAAUUUGUCAGAGUUACAAAGCCCGGCGGUUACAUCGUCUCGACAAUUCGAGAGUCAGUGUGGAAGUCCAAGGGUUAUGAAGAAAAGGUGACUUUGCUUACUCAAGCGGGACAAGCAAGUCUUGUUAGUAACCAGCUGGAGCCUCGGAGGAUUGGAGCUGCGGUGUAUGCCUACUUUGUUAUCCUUCAGGUUGAGUAA